GUAGGACUCAGGAAACUUCAGCAAUGGCGGCUCCGUCUGCAGCUGAAAGAGCAGCUAUUCUCCUCAGCGUCACUGUUCUUGUUGCUCUUGCAACACUUGCUAGCUGCAACACUGAAGGUGAUAUACUGUAUGCGCAAAGACUCGCAUGGGAGGACCCCUACAACACAAUGCAGAGCUGGAAUCCAAAGCUUAUCAAUCCCUGCACCUGGUUACAUAUCACCUGCAACAACGAUAACUCAGUGAUCCGUGUGGAUUUGGGAAAUUCAGGCAUCUCAGGGCCUUUGAUUGCUCAGCUGGGAGGACUGAAGAAUCUCCAGUACCUUGAACUGUAUGAAAAUCGCCUCAAUGGAUCGAUACCUCCAACGCUUGGGAAACUGAGUCAUCUGGUAAGCUUGGAUCUUCAGGACAACAAUAUCGUUGGCACCAUACCAACCUCUCUUGGCGCCAUCAGCACGUUGAGGUUUCUGAGGUUAAGUGCGAACAUGCUGACAGGGAGUAUACCACCAUCGAUGGGCAAUCUCAUGAGCCUUGAAUUCCUGGAGCUUCAGAAUAAUGAACUGAGUGGCUCUAUCCCUGCUUCUCUUGGCAAAAUCAAAACACUGGGAUACUUGCGGCUGAAUGCUAAUUUGCUGACGGGUAGAGUCCCAUUUGAAAUCCUCUCUCUUGUCCUUGUCGGAAACUUGGCUGAAUUAAAUGUUCAAAAUAACAAUCUGGAUGGCACAGUCCGAAAACCGGGAAUCAGAGUGACCAGAAUUAUCCAGGAUAUUCUGAAGACUUCAAGCUGAGUCCAAGAUCAAGCGUUUCAUUUUCGUCGCAAGUGCCAAAUGAAUGAAUAAAUAAAAUGGCAUGCAUCUCCAAAAGAAUAAAUUACUGUUGCCUAUGUGGUCCAUGAACACGUGUGUAAUGAUAACUUAGUAUGUAAUAG